AUGUCUCUCAAUCUCGAGAAGCAGCUGCGCUUCUACGGCGCAUACCACAAUAAUCCGAUCAAUAUCGGCAUACACACGGUCUGCGUACCCCUCAUACUAUUCGCGUCCGUCGUUCUCCUCACAAAUACUCCCGCGAUACCGCUACCAGAAUGGCUGUCCAUCCCACACUUACCCCUCAACGUCGCCUCGGCCGUGCUUGUCUUGUACACAACAGUGUACAUGCUCAUGGAACCUGUGGCAGGAGCUAUGCUUGCACCCAUACUGAUCGGCGUCACUGCGUACGGAAAUCACCUUACUUCAACGUACGGCGCGAUUGCGAAUAAGUGGGCAGGAGGUGUGUUCUUUGCAUCAUGGAUCGCGCAGUUCAUAGGGCACGGCAAGUUCGAAGGUCGGGCACCUGCGCUCCUGGACAACAUUGUGCAGGCCUUCCUUCUUGCUCCCUUCUUUGUCUGGUUCGAGAUCCUGUUCACGCUCGGAUACCGCCCAGAUUUGAAGAAGCGGGUAGACAAGGCGGUAGAGGAGGAUAUCCGCAAGUUCAGAGAGAAGAAAGGCCAGACAGCGAACGGCAAUGCGAACGGCAUCAAGGCAUCGUGAAUCGAUGUCACGAUAACGCGGGAGCGCCCAUAAAAUUUGAGUGGGACCUGCUCUCGGACCACAACGAACCAGUGAAUUAGGAAAUAAUAGGAUUCUCUAACGGAGAAGCGAGGGCGAGAACGCCUGUGUCAACUUGAAGAGGAAUGGUAUGCAGGGAUCUGUUUAAAGAUCCGCAAUAUAUGUAUGUGCCUGCAGUGGGAAAUUUUGCGAGCAUAGGAUACCAUGGUACAUUGGUCGGAUGUAGAUAAUGAUGAGAGCGAAGAGAUGAUGGAUGUCGCGGUGUGUAUUGAGUUGUUUUAAGGUCUCAUUUACAGUCCAUGACCCUGGGAGAUGUUUGUAUGAUCAUUGUUGGAGGGUUACUAUGUACAAAUACUUGCACCAGUUUGCCGCCUAUGCCCAAGCAACAUCUGUACUCGCAUCGUAUGUCGAGUCCUAAGC